CGCGCGUCCUGCUGACACGCUGCGAGGUGCAGCACCAUGUAGGCUGCUGUCCGGUGCGGAACCCUAAAGCACUCGGAGCAGCAGCAGCAGCAGCAGAGUGGCCGCGGGAUGAGAAGAUGGCGAGGCUCUUCGGCCGCGUGCUGCUGCUGUCGGUGCGGCUCGCGGUGAAGCUCCGCGUCGCGGGUUACUGGGGACUCAUCUACAGCUGCUCCGGCCUGUGCGCGCUCCUGGCGCUGCUCCGCCUCUGCUGGAACAUACUCAUGCGGCCAACCGCGACCUUCCGGUGGACUGUGCGCGAGACCCCGCCGCCCUGCCUCAACGACACGUCCUUGGGAACGCACUGUUACGUCAGAAUCAAGGAGUCCGGCCUCAGAUUUCACUAUGUAGCUGCGGGUGAGCGAGGAAAGCCACUCAUGCUGUUUCUGCACGGAUUCCCCGAGUUCUGGUUCUCGUGGAGGCACCAGCUGAGGGAGUUUAAGAGCGAGUUCCGUGUGGUGGCUGUGGAUAUGAGGGGCUACGGCGAAUCUGACCUGCCUCCCUCCACUGAGUGCUACCGGCUCGACUACCUCGUCACGGACAUCAGGGAUAUAGUGGAGUAUCUGGGAUACAACAGAUGUUUCCUGGUGGGCCAUGACUGGGGUGGCAUUAUUGCUUGGCUCUUUGCUAUUCAUUAUCCUGAGAUGGUGGUGAAGUUGGUCGUGCUGAACAGCCCUCAUCCAUGUGUGUUUGCUGAUUACGCUCUACGCCACCCCAGUCAGAUGCUCAAGUCCAGCUACUUCUUUUUCUUCCAGCUCCCACGCUUCCCGGAGCUUAUGCUUUCCAUCAACGACUUUAAGGCACUGAAGAGUUUGUUCACGAGCCGCAGCACUGGAAUCGGGCUUAAGGGCCGUUGGCUGACAACCGAAGACCUUGAGGCAUACCUGUAUGCCCUGUCCCAGCCUGGAGCGCUUACAGCUGCCCUCAACUACUACAGAAAUGUUUUCAGUUUCCUCCCUCUCAAUCAGAGUGAAGUGCGCUCGCCAGUGCUGCUCCUGUGGGGUGAGAGGGACGCCUUUCUCGAGCAGGACAUGGCCGAGGCCUGUCGCCUCUACAUCCGUAACCACUUCCGCCUGAACAUCAUCUCUGGCGCAAGUCACUGGCUCCAACAGGACCAGCCCGACAUAGUCAACACACUAAUAUGGACGUUUCUUAAAGAGGGAGAGGGACGGAAAAGCUACAGGAACUGAGUCUGUAAAGAAAGGGGCCUUGUUUCACCCUAUGCCUCGGCCCGCACACCUUCUGAUUAAUGCAAGCAUCCUGUUUAAAUUCAGCACAUCUUGGAUGUUAAUAAAAACACAAAUCCGAAGCCUAGAGGUGAAAAAAAGCACAUUUUAAUAGGAGAGGUUAAAUAGAGAGUAGAGUGUCUGUUUCUCAAAUUUUUUGCACAUGACAUUCGCCUUAAACUUUGUUGGUGACAUUUGUGUGUGGCAAAAGUCUCCUCGUGAGUGAGUUGUAUUGUGUGGUGCCUUUUUUGACUUGAACUUGUACCAUGUUGUGACAUUAAAAAUGUGCUGUGUGAAUUUGAGCUGUGGGAUCGCUACGCUGUAAUCCAGGCAAAUCUUUCGAGACCCCUAGAAUCGCUCGACCUCUUUCAGGUAGUGUUGUCUUUAUGAAUAAAUAUCGUUCUUCUUUUUUUGUACUUUCUAACGGCACUUAAAAAUGGCUCAGAUAUUUGAGAAUGUAGUUAUUUUGAUCCUUCUGUAUGAUAAAAUGAGUGAUGUUUAGCUAUUGUACACUUUUUUUUUUUAAUCUCUUCCUACACGCUGCCUGUAAGAACGUCACUAAACCAGCUCUGUGCCAUUUUGGUUUUAUAAGCAAAUAAAUGAUAACUAAAA